ACAUCGAACUAGAUUCUUUGCGUGGUAUAAACCUUUGUGGUGUUAACCUGUACAAAAAUAUCUGUUUCAUAUACCUUUCUAUCUGCUUACAUAAAAAUGUAAUUCCUCAACGAUCAAUGGAUCAGUAAAUUCCUCUGUUGUAUAGAAUGCAAUAGAUUGAAGGAAUUUUACCAACAAUAUUUUAGUGUUUAGGACAGUUAGGGGGUAUUAUCAGCUCUAUACACACGUAGACCACCCUUACUUAACCAACAGGCGGCAGUGUGCCCCCGACCGUGCGAUCGCUUACACGCGUACCAGCACGCCAGCAACGCGCGGGAGAUGCACAGGUACGAUCAUUCAUUCCUAACACACAAACCCCACAGGAACUAUUUACCUUGUACCGAUCGAAAAGUACCAGGCGCACAUAUGCUAUAAGGAUUACGCGUGAUCGCGUUAAUACAAUCGUGAUCUUAUUAAAACAUCUCGUUGAUUGAGAUGAAUUGUGCUCAUGUCUGCGCUCCUAGUGAUUUUUAUGCUGGUGUUAGCUGCGUUUGUUCUUCAAGAUUAGAGAAUAGAAGAGAAGAUAAGAACCGCAUAGAAAGGACGGCUUCCAAACGAUGGCGGGGUUCCGUACGGAGAAUUGUAUCAGCAGCUAUUUAUAACCUAUCGUGCUUCACGCACGGCUGCAGCACGGGCUGGGUGUCCGGCGUGCUGGGCACGGAGGCGCUGACCGGCGGCGCGUGGCUGGCCGCGCUGCCGUGCCUGGUCGCGCUGCCCGCCGCGCCAUUCUUCGCGGUGCUGGCGGAUGCGAGGGGGAGGAAGGCUGGCGCGUUUUGUAUUUGCCUUAGUUUUAUUAUAAGCUGGUCGCUAGCAGCGUGGUCAGGCCCGCGCGGCGUGUGGGCGGCGCGCGUGGCGGCGGGCGCGGGCGGGGCGGGCGCGCUGGCACUGGCGCCACUCUACUGCGCCGAGAUCGCGCCCCGGACCCGCGGCCUGGCUGCCGUGCCCGCACUCGCAUGCAGUUGCGGCAUAGUAUUCGCGUACGCGGCGGGCGGCGUGUUGUCGGCGCACGCGCUCUCGCUGUGGAUGGCGGCGCCGCCGUGCCUGCUGCUGCUGGCGCUCAUCUGGCUGCCCGAGACACCCUCGUUUCUCAUCAGCGUAGGGAGGAUACAGGAUGCAGCCAAAAUAAUCUGCUGGUUCGACGGCUCCGACUUUCGCGAGGACCUGACCGAUGUGAUCGAGCAGCAAGAAGUCAAGAUCAGGACCUCAGACUGUUACGGGAGGAGGGAGCCCAUCCGGAGACAGGACUCCGACACCUUCCAGCCGAUGCUGAAGAGGAGCAGUGGACUGGAUUCCAACUCCGAUAAGAAGCAUGAGCAGUCAGCUUGUAGAGAACUUUUCCGCUCUCGUGGUCCCCGGCGCGCACUGUUCUCGUGCGCGGGCGUGCUGUGCGUGGCGGCGGGCAGCGGCGCGGCCGCCGUCAACAGCUUCGCCGCGGCCGUGCUGCGGCACUCCACGCAUGCUGUGCCCAGCCUGAACAUGACCGCUUAUAACUAUACUAUCUAUAAUGGAACUGCUCCACGUCCACUAUUUGAGUCUUCAGAGGCGGGCUCCAUCCUGUGCGGCACGGCGCUCGUGCUGGGCGCUGCCGUAGCAACUGUCUCCGUUGAUAAGCUAGGCCGAAAGAUGUUGCUUCUCUGGUCGUGCUCGGGCAUAACAUGCUGCCUGGCCAUCCUCGGCGCGUACUGCGACCCCAACAUACGUCUGAACUCCUGGUACUCUCACCGACUGUGGCCUUACAGACGACCGCAAAACCAUAGCAAAGCAGCAGCAAACAGUUUGCAAUUGACAGACAAUUUAACAGAAAUCACUAUGAAUCCAGAAUGGAAAAAUUAUACCCAUGAUUUGUAUAGAUAUAGAGAUAAUUUGGAGAAUGUUUCUGGAGAAUGGAAAAUCCAGAAUGAGACACAGAAGAGUGAGACUGAUGAUCGAGAGGAAAACAUGUGGGCUCCAGUGGCUCUGUUGUCGGUCGUGCUAUUUUUGUACAAUAUAGGAUUGGGAUCUGUGCCUUAUGUACUUAUAUCAGAGUUAUUUGCGAUCAAUGUUAGAAGCCUCGCAUCCAGUCUCCUGAUAUCCUGGAUGUGGCUGAGUAGUUUCUUCCUGCUCCGCUACUACGGCACCCUGGCCGUCGCCAUCGGCCUCCACGGGACAUACUACAUCAGUGCCUCCAUCACACUCCUGGGCUCCUUGUACAUAUUCUUCAUAAUACCAGAAACUAAAGGGAAAUCCCAACAACAAAUUGACGAAGCUUUAAAUGGACCGCUAUUGGUGUUUAGGAAGAAAAGGAAGAACCGCGAUCAACGAUGACAGAGGUUAUCCAAAGUGUUUGCGGUGUUCUUAUUGUUAUAAUCAGUGUUAGUUUAUGAUGCCCUGGUACUUGGGGAGGAAACAUUGUGAACGGAAGAUCGCUCAAGAUUAAAAAUACUGUUAGAAAGAGAGUAGACAUAUCUUUGGUUUGAAGAAGAAAAUCCGAUUUGAUAUGAAAUUUCAAAAAUAUUUUUAAAGAAAUAUUCUGCCCCAAGAUGUUGAAUUAGGAGUUCCAUAUUGAAUUAGUUACUCAACAGAUAUUUUAUGAAGUAUGUAACGAGAUGUUUAUUUAUGUAUUCGAUGUUGCGUGUUGAAGUACUUUGUCGUACUGCCAAACAGAAUAUGUGUUCUGAUGCAAUUUUAGUAUUAAGAUGAAGUAUUUGACCUCUAUUGUACAAAACCAAAAAAAAACAGACUAUAGAAAUUUGCAGAAAUGGUU